AUGGUCGUGUUUCUGCUGCCGGGGCAGCCCCUGGCGGCAGCCUGGGAACGGACCCUGCAGCAGAUGGCGCGCGGGGUGCCCGUGGGGGGCAUUGCGAUGCUGAACAGGUGCUGGGCCGAGAUGAGCAAGACGAUCGCGGGCGCGCUCAAGGGCCGGCGCCCGCAGCUGGCCGGCAUCGAAACCCCUGCGCAGGCGUCGUCCGUCGUAGCCGCCCUGGGGGUCCUCGAGGGCCUAGCGCUGCCGGUCGCGGCGGCCGGCGCGAGCGGCUCCGGCGCUGCGCCGGCGGAGGAGCUCAACGGCACCCCGCUCGAGCACUGCGUCGACCACUCGUUCGCGUCACUCGAGGCGGCGCGGCAGCUCCUCGUGUUCGAGCGUUCGCUGGUCGCGGCGCGCGUCGAGGUGCUGCGCGCCGCGCGGGACAAGGCGAACGAGAAGGCGAGCGGCGGGGGCGCCGUUGCGGCGGCGGCCGGCGCCGCGGUGGAGGUCGGCGAGCUGGCAGAGCUGUCCGUGUACCAAGGCGACGCGAGGGACGGCGGCGGCGAGGCGGCGGCGGAGGACACGGCGAGCGAGGUGACCGGGCUGUACGCGUAG